AUGUGCUGGGACAGCGGGCUGGAAUACGCUGAUGGCAGGAUCAAAGGCACCAGUCAUUCCUCUAUGGCAGUAGCGUCAGAUAACGACAUAUGUACAAAAAUAGGGUCUGAUACCCUAAGCAGGGGCGGCAGUGCUGUGGACUCUGCUAUCUCAGUCCUAAUUUGUCUAGGAGCAGUGCAGCCUCAGUCUAAUGGUAUCGGAGGAGGGGGCUUCAUGAUCGUCCACACUAGGAACCAGGACGAAGUUAUUAACUUCAGGGAGGUGGCACCGAAAGCAUCCACCCCUGAAAUGUUUGUAGGUGAUGACAUUACAAGUUCCCUGUCCCUAAACAGUGGAAUGGCAAGUGGAGUUCCAGGAUCACUGGCGGGAUAUUGGAAAGCUCAUACACUUUUUGGAAAACUAAACUGGGCUGACCUGUUUGCUCCAACAAUAGCUCUGCUGAACGAAACCUUUCCAGUUUCAAAGCAUAUGGCCUAUGCGCUUUCCAUCAUGAAACGGCAUCUGAUAAAAGAUAAAAACGCAAGGAUUACCUUCUUCAAAAAUCCUUACGAUCAAGAAAGUUAUUUGAGAGAAGAUGACACGUACCGAAAUGAUAAAUUAGCUACUACCCUCCAACUUAUUUCUAAUCAUGGAACUAAAGCUUUCUAUGAAGGAAAAAUUGCCAGGAACAUUGUUAAGGCCACGAGAGCAAGGGGAGGAAUAAUGACGAUGGAAGAUCUAGCAGAGUACAAAGUCCUCCUCCAAGAACCUCUCCAAUUCCAAUACAGGUCUAAAAAUAUUUUGUCAGUGCCACCUCCUGCCUCGGGUCAUAUCCUUUCAAUCGUUCUUCAACUUCUUGAUAACUGUAACUUAACUUCCCGGGACGCUCGAGCAUGGAGCCAAAUUAUCGAGGCCUUUAGAUUUGGGUAUGCAGUUAGGGGCCAGACAGGGGACCCAGAAUUUUCAGAAAGGACAAAGUCGCUGUUGGAAAAGAUUCAAAACGGAACUUGGGCUGAGGAGAUCCUUAAAGACCACGCGGAUAAGAACAAAAACCAGUUCAAAGGGCCUUACGAAAAUGUGGAUCGGUACAUGCAAGGUGAACCUCUAUAUGAGAACAUUGCCGGGACCCACACCACGCAUGUUUCCGUUUUGGGACCGGACGGAAGUGCCGUGUCCUGUACUUCCUCUGUCAACAAAUUUUUUGGAUCUCGAAUCAUGACUGAUGACGGAUUCAUUAUGAACAGUCAAAUGAAUGAUUUCGCGACCCUUGGAGCUGUCAACUCGUAUGGGUUCCCAGCUGCUCCUGAAAAUUUUAUUGUUCCUGGGAAACGGCCUAUGUCAUCCGCGUCUCCGUCAAUCAUUUUAGAUGAGGACGGCAGAACUUUUACUACUGGAGGCGAAGGUGGGUCUAGAAUAAUAACAAGUACCGUUCAGUCUAUCAUAAACAUUCUGGACUGGGACAUGGACCUCGAAGAAAGUCUACACGCUAAAAGGUUGCACGAUAAGCUUACAAUGGCUACCAAGUAUGAACUAGGAUUUGAUACAACGCUAGUAGAGGAGCUGAGGAAGAUGGGCUAUAACAUGGUAGAGCACAAAGGGAUCAUGUCGUGCGUCAACAGUGUUUCUAGUUUAAGAAGAGGGAAGACUGAGGCUAGUGGUGAUCCAAGAAAAGGAGGGUCUGGACGGGUAGUGGCAUCUAAGCGUGAAUAUUGUCUACCGUGGUUCAAGCUUUCAAGUGAUCGGCAGCGGCGUUGGCCAAAUUAACACCGGCGUGAAAUCAAUGUCAAGUGAAUUUCGGUUUAUAGUGUAGUUAAAUUCAUCGACUAGACAAUUCAUGCUUAGGUCCAGCCGUAAAAUUUGAACAUUCUAUCGUUUGAGACCCCAACGAUUCAAGACUGAAUUGAAUUUGCA